AUGGGCAACAUCGUACGGCCCACAGAGAGCAUUCUGCCAGUUGCAGACGACCUCGAUGCAAGUCCGUUUGAGACGGGGAUCAAGACCCGAGACAUCGAUACCCGCCAGCGAGAUCAAGCUCUGUCCGCCGCCAGCCUGCGGGAUCUCCUUCCCAUUGGAAUCAAUCAGCCGGGCUCCCAGAGCCUGCAGCAUGCCCGCACCGCCAUCGCUGGUCCCCGACUCCUAGCCUUUUGCUUCCUGAGCGAGACCUACGCACCAACAACCUUGGCGAAGAAGAAACGAAAGUUGCAGAAAGAGACCGGAAAAGAUCACCUGUACACAGAACAUGACAACCCGGACCACACCCUCGGCCAGGAGCUGCGCAAGAAUCUGGUUCGGCCGUUCAGGAUGCUCCUCACACAAACAGCUACCCAGGUUCUUGCAUUGUAUCGCGGCUACCAAUAUGAGAAAGCUUAUACUAAAUUCAGCUUGGCAUCUUUCCCCUUAUUGUGGGAGGAUGUCUAUCGAGAAGACACGGGCACAGCCAGUUUGAACUAUCUCUCUCUUGGGAUCGGGUUUGUACUCGGGCUUCAAUUCAGCGGCCGUGUGUUCGACCUAGUAUACAUCCGGCUCAAAAAGUAUUAUAAACAUGACGAUCGACCCGAGUUCCGCGUCCCACUGAUGGUACCAGGCGGGCUGUUAGUCCCAGCCGGUCUCUUCAUCUACGGCUGGAUAGCGCAGUUCAAACCCCAUUGGAUUAUCCCCAACAUCGGGGCUGCGAUCUCUGCCUUUAGGCUCAUUAUCUCUUUCCAGUGUGCGCAGACCUAUGUCGUGGAUGCUUACUCGCGGUACGCAGCUAGUGCGACGGGCACGGCGGCUUUCGUGCGGACGAUUGCUGGAUUUGCAUUUCCUCUUUUUGCAGACAGUCUAUAUAAAAGUCUGGGGUUGGGCUGGGGAAAUAGCUUGUUGGCGUUUGUGAGCCUGGGUCUGGGGGACUGUAGCUCCGGUGUUGUGGUUUUAUGGCGAGUGGUUGAGGUCCCAGAACACGUAUUGUGCCGGCUAGGGCUGAGAGGUAUAGGUAUGCGAUGUGUACUGUGA